AUGGAGACGAGGACAGAACAUGGGAACCAGAAGCCCAUCUGGACAAUUCCCGCGACGCUGUUCGCAAAUUUUAUGCUAAGAAUCCCUCAGCUCCUAGGAAGCUUAGAGGCAUGGAUUCAAAUCUUUUUAAUUCUCUUUUUCAACCUAUGCCCGAAAAUUUAA